UUUUCCCCUAAACCCUCAAACGAAAAUGGCAGCUCGGUCGGCCCGAUCCUCUACGACGCGCCUACUAUACUCCCUCUACGCGCCUUCCAUCGGCGCGUCGCCGCAUACCUCCAGAGCCGCCUUGGCUGGGAAUUUCCAUUUGCGCUAUUUCUCCGCCGGCAGCGCCGCCGCCGCACGCUUGAGGGAGGAGAAGGAAGUAUGGUGGAAAGAGUCUCUGCAGAAGCUCCGCAACAUCGGUAUUUCUGCUCACAUCGAUUCAGGUAAAACGACGCUGACCGAGCGAGUGCUGUAUUAUACGGGCCGGAUCCACGAGAUUCACGAGGUGCGGGGGAAGGAUGGAGUUGGGGCGAAAAUGGAUUCCAUGGAUUUGGAGAGAGAGAAAGGGAUUACUAUUCAAUCCGCUGCUACCUAUUGUACCUGGAAGGAUUAUCAGGUUAACAUAAUUGACACACCAGGUCACGUUGAUUUCACUAUUGAAGUUGAGAGAGCUUUACGUGUACUCGAUGGCGCUGUUCUCGUCUUGUGUAGUGUUGGUGGUGUUCAGAGUCAGUCGAUUACAGUUGAUAGGCAAAUGAGAAGAUAUGAGGUUCCUAGAGUUGCUUUUAUCAACAAGCUUGACCGUAUGGGGGCUGAUCCAUGGAAAGUGCUCAAUCAGGCACGGGCCAAACUUCGACACCACAGCGCUGCUGUGCAGAUGCCAAUUGGUCUGGAGGAUGACUUCAAGGGUCUAAUUGACUUGGUCAAUAUGAAAGCUAACUACUUUCAUGGUUCCAGUGGUGAGAAAAUUGUGACUGAAGAUAUUCCUGCUAAUCUCAAUGAGCUUGCUCUAGAAAAACGACAUGAAUUGGUUGAAUUAGUCUCGGAGGUUGAUGACCAGCUUGCUGAGGCAUUUCUUAGUGAUGAACCUAUAUCGGCUGCUGAACUUGAGGGAGCAAUCCGAAGAGCUACCAUAGCACGAAAAUUUGUGCCAGUGUUCAUGGGUAGUGCUUUCAAGAACAAGGGUGUUCAACCACUUCUUGAUGGUGUACUUAGCUAUUUGCCUUGUCCGAUUGAAGUUACUAACCAAGCUCUCGAUCAAUCUAAGAAUGAAGAAAAGGUUACCUUAACAGGAAGCCCCGCUGGUCCUCUUGUUGCCUUAGCUUUCAAGUUGGAAGAAGGGCGAUUUGGCCAGUUGACAUAUUUAAGAAUCUAUGAAGGUGUCAUAAAGAAGGGUGAUUUUAUAGUUAAUGUAAACACAGGGAAGAAAGUCAAGGUUCCUCGCUUGGUGCGGAUGCAUUCAAAUGAAAUGGAGGAUAUUCAACAAGCUCAUGCAGGACAAAUUGUUGCUGUAUUUGGUGUAGAUUGUGCUUCAGGGGAUACAUUUACUGAUGGUUCAGUCAGAUAUACCAUGACCUCUAUGAGUGUGCCUGAGCCAGUUAUGUCUUUAGCAAUAUCAGCAGUUUCUAAAGAUUCGGGAGGGAAUUUUUCAAAAGCUUUGAAUCGUUUCCAGAGAGAGGAUCCAACUUUCCGUGUUGGUUUAGAUGCUGAGAGUGGUCAGACAAUUAUCUCUGGAAUGGGUGAACUCCAUUUGGACAUCUAUGUUGAGCGCAUGCGGAGGGAGUAUAAGGUUGAAGCGACUGUUGGGAAGCCUCGUGUCAAUUUCAGAGAGACAAUUACUCAGCGUGCUGAGUUUGAUUAUUUGCAUAAGAAGCAGAGUGGAGGACAGGGUCAAUAUGGAAGAGUUAUUGGUUAUAUGGAACCACUACCACCAGGCUCGGGAACUAAGUUUGAGUUUGAGAACAAUCUUGUUGGACAAGCAAUACCUCCAAAUUUUGUCCCAGCAAUUGAAAAAGGUUUCAAGGAAGCUGUGAACUCGGGUUCCCUUAUCGGCCAUCCUGUUGAAAAUAUUCGCAUAGUUUUGACCGAUGGGGCUGCCCAUACCGUGGAUUCAAGUGAACUUGCAUUUAAGAUGGCAUCGAUAUACGCCUUCAGACAGUGCUAUACAACUGCAAAACCUGUUAUAAUGGAGCCUGUGAUGUUGGUAGAGUUAAAAUUCCCUUCAGAGUUCCAGGGCACUGUCACCGGUGAUAUCAACAAGAGAAAAGGCUUGAUUGUAGGGAAUGACCAGGAAGGAGAUGAUUGUGUACUAACUGCACAUGUACCUCUCAACAAUAUGUUUGGUUAUUCGACAUCCCUUCGUUCAAUGACUCAGGGAAAAGGUGAAUUCACCAUGGAAUACUUGGAACAUUCACAAGUCUCUCAGGAUGUUCAAGCGCAACUGGUUAAUGCUCACAAGGCCACAAAACCCGGUGAAUAGGCCUCGAAGCAUUCGACAGUUAUCCGAGGACAGGAUUCAAGUCAUUUGUGCCAUUUUUCGUGUAGUUAGGAUGAUAUUAAACCUUUACUGAGGACAUAAUUAGUCUUCGUUCAUUUAUUCAGAAAUUUUGAGUGUGAUAUAGAAAUGUUCGCACACAAAUAAUGACAUUCUGUUGUAUUAUAAGCCUCAAAACAAUAAUACUAUCAAUUAACACAUUUGCUGUUUGCAAGA